CAUGGUUAUACUCGUACAAACUACGUAUAUGUAUGUAUGUAUGUGCUCUCAAUUAGUAACGCAAAUGUUAUGUUUUUACAAGAAUUUGAAAUGCCUCAGCAAAUAAUAAAUGUAAACAAGUGGUUAUUUCAGAAAAACGCAACAAUUCUAAUUUGCGCAAAUAAACUCAGCACAAUGCGGUCCAACAUAGUGAUGGCGCGGCGGCACCAUCAUUGUCUCCUAUUGCUUUUACUCCUCACGCAAGCGUUCCUAAUCUGCUCGGCGCUACCCGCCGCAUCCAAUACGCUUGCCGCACAAAGUGGUGCUGGAUUAAGCUCCACUAGCAGCAACAACAAUGUCAGUGGCAACAGUGCCGUUAGCAAUAGUAAUACAAAUAGCAAUAGCAACAACAAUGCCGUAGGAAAUCCCAAUGUGAGCAUAAAUAGUGGCAGCAAUAUUGCGAGCAACGUCACUGUGAGCGGCAGCGCUAUAAGCAGCAGCGGUAGCGGCGGCCUAGCCGUCGGCACGGGCGGCAACAAUAUCGAUUUGCUCAGCGCAGCUGGCACAAGUGCGGUCGGUAUCAGUGUGCCUGGCGGCGGCAGUGGCAACAGCAGUAACAUUAUCGUAUUGCCGAGGGAGAAGUUGUACGAAAAGUGCACUGGGCCAGGUGAUCCGGGUCCUUGCAAGCAAUACAUUUACAAAUGGCGUUACGAGCCGCUCUCCAACGAGUGCACCACUUUCAUUUGGGGCGGCUGUGAUGGCAAUCCGCAGAAUCGUUUCAACACAGAGGCCGAGUGCUUGUAUCAUUGCAUUGGAGGACCGCACACAUUGCCUCCUUUUCUACGUUCUACCACCAGUGAACCCAGCACCACCGAGUCAACACAGCAGUUGUCAUCUAACACUGCGGGACCUGUAUAUGGCGGCGGUGAUGCUUCCGACUCCAGCCCUGUGCCUUUCGAUCAGCGUGGCCCAGAGCUAACGUUUGCCGAAACGGGUCAGGAGAAAACAUUCGUCUUUGCCAAGAAUAACACAUUCAUCCAAAUGGACGGUGACAUUAUACAAACAUUUCAAUUAAGACUUUGCCGAGAGAUCUCAUUUCAAUUUCGAACGCGUCUACCACACGGUCUACUCGUUUAUCAUAACGUAAAAAAUCCGGAUCGCAUUAACUUGGAUCCAUAUGCGCUGUAUGUGAUUGUCGAGAAGGGGCAACUGAAGGUCGUGCAUGUUUUUGGAAAGCACUCGACAAGCGUUACCGUGGGCGAAGGACUCAAUCGUGACGAAUGGCACAGUGUGAUGGUACGCAUCGAUGUCCAUGGCGCAAGAUUGAUUGCACGCGUUGACAACAGUCAAGAGGAAGUUUACCUGAAGGGCUUGAACCACGACACCAACUAUGGAGUAUCGACGAAUCUGCCGUCUGUGGUGCUGGUCGGAGGUCUUUCAUCGGAGGAGAAACUGCAUGGCGUCAAGUAUAUCAUUGAAUCAUUUGUGGGCUGCAUCCGAAAUGUGGUGCUGAGUUCGGGUAAGGCAGCAUCCGAUUUGCUGCCCAUCGCCCCGCUGGUGGCCACCAAGCACGAGAACGUCAAUGAGGGCUGCUCCGACAAAUGCUAUUCCAGACACAAUUUGUGUUUUGUGGGCUCCCGUUGUAUUAAUCACUAUUAUGACAUUUCAUGCGAUUGCUUUGGCACUCCCUACGAAGGCGAGCACUGCGAUAUUUACACGGCAACGAUAAUGACUUUACGUGGCUCCAGCUAUGUCUCGUAUCGCAUUUACGACUGGAAGGACCGAGUGCACUCCUCGAACACCCGCAUCAGCCUCAUGUUCCGCACACAGUUCGACGAUUCAGCGCUUUUCUAUGCCAGCGGCGAAUCACUCAAACAUCAAUACAUCGCCGCCUCGAUAAAAAAUCAAUCAAUUCAUGUGGAAAUGGAUUUCGGUGAUAACGUGCUGUCGACAGUGCUCACUGAUGAGUUGACACGUAGUAAUUGGCAUAAUUUAACCAUUCACCAUGAGCGACGCACAGUGCGCAUCAUACUUGAUCAGCAAAUGAAAGUGCUCGAUAUACCGGCUACAUCAAGCGCCAAUCUGCUAUUCGAUCCCGAAAUUUACUUCGGUGGCGGUCCCGAUUUACACAAGAAGAAGGGCUUGCUAUCGCAAAACAAUUUUGUUGGCAGCCUUAAGUAUGUCUACUAUAAUGAUGUAUCGAUUUUAUAUGAACUACAAAAGAGUAAUCCUAAAGUGCACUAUCACGGUGUCCUCGAGGCCGAAUUUCUAGAGAACGAAGUCAACGUCAUACCCAUUACGUAUCCCUUCGCAACAUCUCACAUUUGGUGGCCCAUAAAUCACGCCGAAGAAUUUAAUAUUAAAUUCGAUUUCCGGAGUAGUCGUACAGCAGCCGUAUUGGCGUAUAGUGAUGUGACAACAGCAUCCGGAAAUGGAUUUUGGGAGAUACGCCUCUCCUCGGACAAACUGAGUUUUGAUCUAGUGCCCGAUUUGGGCAGCAACCUCACCCACUCAACGGUGAUCAAAGUGAAUAGAGCCACCUCUUGGCAUUCCGUUGAGCUGGACUACAAAGCGGGCGAAAUCACUUUCACCGUCGACUACCAUCUGCGUCAAAGUCAAAUGUUCGGCUUGACUUUUAAUAUCGGUGACAAGUUAAUUAUUGGCAGCAGUCUUAAGUCGGCCGCCUCUGGGCUGGUCGGCUGCAUACGUGACAUCGAAAUAAAUGGUCAUCUCAUCGAGCCACGUCACGUUGUGAAGACGGAACGUGUGGUAGGCGAGGUGGCGUUGGAUAACUGUAAUUACAUUGAUCCGUGCAAACGGCCGAAUACUUGCGAACAUGGCGGCAAGUGUUUCGUGAAAGAUGAUCGUGUCACGUGUGACUGCAAACACACCGGCUACAUCGGCAAGAACUGUCACUUUACGAAAUAUCGCAAGACUUGUGAGGAACUGGCACUGCUUGGAUACACCAAAUCUGAUGUUUAUCUCAUCGAUAUUGAUGGCAAUGGUGUAUUUCCACCGGCGCAUGUUAAGUGCGACUUCCAAAGCUUGGAGAAUGCUACAAAAACUAUUGUCGAACACAAUCUGCCGAGUCAAGUUGAUGUGCGUUCGGCGAGCGAAAGUGAUUUUAGCUACAAUAUUCGUUAUCGCGAAUUUUCACCAGACAUGUUACAGGAAUUGAUCUCACAUUCAUUAUAUUGUACGCAGUACAUCAAGUAUGACUGUUAUAAGGCGCCAUUGGAGCUGCACUCGGCAACUUGGUUCACUUCGUCCGCCAAGAAUCUGACUGUGGAUUUUCUCGGCAAUGCAAAACGUGGUGCUUGCCCUUGCUCCAUCAAUAAAACAUGUGUGGACCCAAAUCAAUCAUGCAACUGUGAUGUGAAGGAAAACAAAUGGUACUCUGACGAGGGCUUCUACAAUGAACCGCACAGCCUUGGCAUAACGAAUAUGUACUUCUUGCAGCAAAAGGACUUGGAGGAGGACUCACAAGGACGCAUUACGCUGGGGCCAUUAGAGUGUGUUGAAACAAACACCCAGAAGUAUGUUGUCACCUUUACCACUUCACAGUCGUACAUCGAAGUGCCCGGCUGGCGCAAGGGCGAUAUUGCCUUCUCAUUCCGCACUACCGGCGAAAAAGCCAUACUGCUCUUUCAGCCACCCAUUCGUCCGAACCAUCCAUCCUUUAUGGUCGCACUCACCGGCGACUAUCAGCUGACAUUCAAUUUCACCCUCAGCACCGGCACAACAAGAGAGCUGGUAAUUAACUCGCAUCGCAAACUGAAUGGCGGUGAGUGGCAUAAGAUUUGGAUCGACUACAAUGAGUAUCACGUGCGCUUUAUGAUAAAUACCGACUAUCAAAUGGUUGAUCUGCUGCCAGAGGAGGAAUUCGGACCAUUCGAGGGCAGCAUGUAUAUCGGCGGCGCCACAGCUGACCUGCUGAAGAAGCUAUCUGUUAAAGCUGGCCUAAUUGGUUGCUUCCGCGGCCUAGUCGUCAACGGCGAGAUACUCGACAUUUACAGCUAUAUGUCCGUACAUCUUUCGGAGAUAAUUAAAGACUGCAAGCCGUCGUGUGUGCCGUCGCCGUGUAAAAAUGGCGCACAAUGCAAGGAACUAUGGAGUACCUUCCAGUGUGUGUGCAGCAACCCCUGGGCGCACAUCGGUGAAUUCUGCGAAACAAACAUCAACGAGAAGGCACUCACUUUCAUCACACGUGAGUCGUUCUUGAUGCGCAAUUACAUUAGCACACCCGCUGCUACACCGCCCUUCCUACCGGCCGCCUACUCUAUCUAUGGCAUCAAUGAGGAACGGGACAUUAUCAAAGGCAUACUCGCACAAGACAUACUCAUCAACUUACGCACUUACGAUGCGAAUGCGCUAGUCUUGUAUGCAAACGAUCAUUACAACAAUUUCGUGCACUUGUAUAUUAGCUCCGGUCGCGAAAUUGUCUUCCUCUAUAAUUAUGGCGAUGCAAUUGUUAAUUUGACGAUAGUUGAUGUGUCCGUGAGUAGCCUGAACAGCAUUCAGGUGGCCAUUGAGCGGGAGGAGCAGCGCACCACGAUGCAUGUGAACGAGCAGAGCGUGAGCGUGGAGAGAGGCAUGAUGCUAUUGGAUGAAUACAGCAACAAACCGUGGGUCAAUCCGGAGAAGGAGGUUCUCUCACCACACCGUCCACCCGCACCGCCAACUGAGUACUUCCAAUUUAAUAUUGGCGGUUAUGAUCCUGCGAAUUUGCUAAAGCCCAAUCUGGACGCUCCUGCGCUGCAGGGAUAUAUUGGCUGUGUGCGUGGCCUGAAAAUUGGCACAAAUCUAAUCGACUUGGCUGACAUCAACGAACGGAAUAUUUCGCCCACCAUGGAAGGUGUGCUGCCCAACUGCCAAAUCAAAUGUGACGCCGAGCCCUGCAAAAAUGGCGGCAUAUGUAAAGAGAAUUUCGCCAAACAGGAGUCCACAUGCGACUGUGAACACACCAGUUUUCUGGGUGAAUUUUGCAUGGAGGAGAAGGGUGCGGACUUUAGCGGCGAAUCAACGUUGUUGCGUAAAUUCGAGCUUACCGGCAAAGUGGACUACGUGCGACUGCAAUUGGCAUUCUCCUCGUUCGAUUUGCGGCGUGCCAACCGUGUGAUGUUGUUAUUGCAGCCGACCGGUGAUCGCAGUUAUUACCUGAUGGUAGCCAUUAACGCUGAUGGCCAUCUACUAUUCGAAGAGGACCGUGAAGGGCCGGCCGUUGGGGCGCACAUCGAUCGAAGUUUUCUGAAUAAUGCACGCCACUCCAUCUACUACAUACGCAACGGCAGUGAGGCCACUCUGUAUAUUGACCGCGAAAAAGUGCCAUUGACAAAGAUACAGACACGUGCGCCGGUGCCGACGAGUGAUGUGGGUGGAAAUCGUGUACAAAUUGGUGGCAUCAAUACAACAGAUGCGAGAUUUGCUGUGUUCAAGAGUUAUAGUGGCUGUCUGUCGAAUAUUUACAUACAAGUGAAUAAUUAUGUGAUGAAACCGCUGGAGGAAUAUAUGCUCUUCACCAAAUCAGGCGCCGACAACAUAACUGUUAUUCACCCACAGGGUCUGCGCAGUGCACAGUGUAUAGCCAAAUUCGAUAUUUCGGAGCAGCCAUCACAGGAACCAAUGGUCAACGUGAGCUCGAGCGUCGAGACUUGGGUUGAAGAUCCACCGCAACGCGUCCUUUAUGUAGCCAAAUUCGGUUACGACGUUUCCGAGAAGGAGGACUCCACGCAAGUGGUAUUCAUAACGCUGACGUCGCUCUUCGUGAUCAUAAUCAUUUGCUGCCUAAUAGAGGUGUACCGCAGUCAUCGUGCCUAUAAGAAACGCAUCGAACGCCAGACCGACGAGGACAUCAUAUGGUCAAAGGAACAAGCGACGAAAAUGCAUGAAUCGCCAGCUGUGGCGGGAACACAGUCUUACGCCUACAAAGUGUUGCCACAAGAUGAAAAGAAGUCGGGAAAUGGCGCUCCGCUGGUGGGUAUUUUGAAAAAUGGCAGCGCAGCUGGUGCCGCAACAGUUGCAGGUGCAGCAACGCCGGCUAAAGAGAAUGGUAGCACAAAGAAAAACGGAGAUAUACCAUUGGGUCAGAUUGACGCGCGCAUCGAAGAAGAGGAUGAAGAUGAUGAUGAGGAUGCCGCAAAAGCAGAGGUAGACAAAAGCUUAGAUGAAGCCUUGGAGGCAGCCCAGCCUGAGAAACAAACGGAUGAAAAAGAGAUUAGUCAGAAAGGCGCUGAGGACACACAUGAGAAGAAAACUGCAAACGCAAACGAAGAAAAACCUGUAGGCAAAGCUGAUGCAAAUAAGAGUCCAAACGAAAAACCGAACAACGUGAAAGGUAAAGAGGAAACAAAAGCUAAAGAUGAAAGUAUCGAAUCGGCAAAACAAGAUAAACCCAACACAACGGCGCCGAAGCAAAAUGAAGAAGCCAGCCAAGUGACGCCAAAAAGCACCGAGUCUCCUUCUCCAGCACAGCAGCAAAAUCUAGAGAAAGAGACGCAAACACCUGCCCAAAUAGAUGUUGAUUUGGUGGACGGAACACCGCAACAGAAGAAACCAGCGGCCACAAAUGGUGCAACAGCGAACGGCCAUGGCACGCAAAAAACCCCGCUGCAGCAACAACAACAGCAACAGUCACUGCAAGCCAACGCAACACGCGUCGAACGCAAGCCGUCGGUUAAACGGCAAGUGUCCUGGGGACCACCGACAGUGGCAGAAGCGGAUGCGGAAACGCUCAAACUUACCAUCACAGCACCCGUCUACAAACAAAACGGCUAUUACGGCGGCAGCGCCAACACAAGCAACAACAAAAACAAUGCAAAUUGCGCGACAAUGACAUGAAAUUGGUGCGAGAGCCACGCACUCGCAUACACAAAAACAAUACAAGCAAACAAUUUCAAAAAAUACAUAAAGACAUUAAGUAAACUGCUCUAUAAAUAGUUUCAUACAAUCGCAUCAUCGUACAUUUAUAUAAGGCAAACAAGUGGACGCAGAAAGUCAUAGAGAUAUUAUAUGGUUUAAGAUAAUUAAUAUAGCUGCCGGAUAACUGGCGCACUUCGAAAAAUGUGUUAACUAGCAUAAAGAUGAUUAUGCUCGAUUUUUUACAACAAAAAGUAGUUUUAAAUUUGACUUUGGUUUGUAUUUUAAUAACAAUAACACAACUUAUACACAAUAAGACAUAGGGAUACAUACACACAUACAUAUAUAUAUAUAGAUAUAUAGAUGCAAAAGUAUAAGAAUACAGAUAUGAGUAUAUAAUAUCGAAAACUGAGAGAAUGAAAUGGAUUAUCCACAUUUCUUUAUCCCGAUAAGUUAGUAAAUGGAGACUUGUGGUUUUCAAGAAGAAAAAAAACGCAUAUAAUUUAAUGUUACGGUCAAGAAUUUAGCUUUAUUAUAAAGAUUACUUUUCUGUAAUCUAUUUUAAAAAGGAUUUCGGGAAAUGAGUGCCGCGGUUGUCCCAAUAAAUUCCAAUAAAACCCAAAUCAUCUCUCUGCUGACGUCAAGGACCUCAGGAUUAUCAUCGUAAGCAAGCAACUUCACAUAAUCUCACAAAAAAUCUGUAUUAAAACGCACAAUCUUGGUGGCGAGUUUGAAAAUUUCCUUCCAUAAUCCUGUAGCGCAUGUAGCUCUAUUUUAUUUGAACCCAAGUGCGUCCACAUCAGGUUAGAUUGGGUGAAGGGGUCAGUAGGGUAAUCUUUUUUCAAUUUUUUUCCAUUUUCUGUUCCCUUAUACCCUUAGAAUUAAUAUAGAGACCCACUUUACUAUUGGAAGGUUUCGAAAAGGGCCCAAAAAUAAUAAUACCGCUCAACGUUGGGAGCGCGACGUGCACCCCUCAAAUUUUAAACGCGUUUUUUUCAAAACACACUUUUUUAAAAUGGCGAAUACGAUUCCGGUCGAACUACUCAACCGAUUUGGUUAAUUCCCUUUUUAAAUGUUCACAAAACGCCUGGCUAUCGUCCUUAUUUAUUUUAUAAUUUAUUGACAAAUAAAUUGGGUUUUUGUGUUUUAGAUGAUUCAAACAUGAGAAAUCGUGGCCGCCAAUGAAAAAACGCAUCUCAUUCACC